CUUGUCUCAGUUGCAUCCGAACGCUCCAGCAGUAAACGUUAUCCGAAACUGGCUACGCGCAAAUCAAGCUGGCCACCAUGGUGACCAAUGCCGCGGGGACAACGGGGACAGCAACAACAACAACCAACGCCACCAACAACAACAAUUUGCAGACGAACAACAACAGCCAUGCGGCGAACAACAAUAACGAUGACUUUGACUUUGACCAGGAUAGUGGACUGCAGGACCUCGGCUUACCGGUGUCCGUGCAAACAUUCCUGUGGCGUCAAAUAGCGCCCUUCAUCCGCCCCAAGUUGGGCAAACUGCACGAGUCUACCUGUCUGUUUUGUCAACAUGCACCGGGACACCAUGAGUCGAAGGAAGCUUGCAAGUCCUUCGAGAAAGUUCUUGUGCAGAACAUCCAAUUUGGCCUGUCACCGCCUCUUACCAAAGGAUUGGGUGUGAUUCCCCGAUGGCGCCUUUUGCAAGGAGCCCUUCCACAUGUUAUGCACGCCUGUGCCGCUCUACUGUACAAUCGUGUCAAGGACAUGCAGGCCAUCGGGCCCGUGGAGACCAAGCUAUUGUACACCAUGCAAUGGAUCCUUCUCUAUGCAGCUGAGGAAUGUGCAGAUGACGAAGGCGGAGAGGAUCUGGGCUUGGGCGAUGCAGCGGAACCCAAGUCCAAGUCCAUAGAUCAGUAUUUGUUUUCCGUGCCAACUAUAACACUCUUUGUGUACCUCUUUGCACCUAUUAUACAUCACUUGAAGGAAUCGGAUUUCCAGAACUUCCGCCUGGAGAAUGGCAUUAAGCUCUGGCAAGGAAUGUGGGAUAACCGAGCACCCGGAGCACCAUGUUUUACUGCUCCAGUAAAACCCAAGGCCCGAAAUUUACUGUGUGCUCCCACUCCAAAAGGAUCAACAGAUGUGUUUCCCGCCCGAAAGCAUUCUCUCAGUGCGGAUGCAAUGUCUCCAAAAGCGGAUUCACCUCAGAGUGGUAUCUCAGACUAUGGAAGGCAGGAUGAAGAGGGCUCUUGGGUAUCCUCACCCAAGGAAUUUGCCUUUCCCGAAACCAUACCGGAAGAGGCCUCCAGCGUGGAAGACGAACGUGUCGUCAUAUUCAGGCUGCCUUCGGCGCCACAACUAAUGGAUAAUUCAUUCUUUACGGCCGAUGCCAGUUUGCUGCAACAGCAGCAAUCUCAGAGUCGUCGGGGAAGUCGCCAGUCUAUGAACUCCCGCGACAAGGAUAAGGUGCCCUCCACCAAAUUCGAGUUUGAUCAGCAGGAGCUAAUGCGUGGUGCUUCGAUGAAAGAAAAGCGAAGUGCCUCCAUCGAGAAGGAAACGGAUUCAGACAAGUCGGAAAGCAUUAAAGCAGAUGUGUCGGCCGCCACUUUUCUAGAUGUGGCUGUUCUUCGCUGUCUUUUUAUCUCGCAUUGGCAGGAGGAGGGUAUCUUCUGGAGUCUUCAAUAUCUAUAUAAUAGACUUAGUGACAUUGGUGAGGAGGCAGCCAUUACUUUAAAUCAGCCUCGCAAGCGCUCGAACUCCUUGCCCAUACCACAAAUCGAGAUUUCACUCUACCAAGGGCCUGGCAGCAAUAGUCGAGAUAGUCCCGGAAGUUCUGUGGUGAAGGACUACAUUGAAAUACCAGAUCCAUCACCAACAGUGACCACGUGUGUCGCAGAAGAACCUCAAAGUGCCCCAAGUACUACAGAAAGACGAGGCAGCGAGAAGAAGAAACGCGUUAAAAUGGCUGAUCUUCGAGCCUUCGUAGAGACAAAGAUGUUCUCGAAGUCGGAGAAGAAUUUGGAAAAAGUAGGGCUCGAUACAAACUCAGCCAAUGGCAAGACACCACUGCAACAUGCAGAGUACCAUCGCAGCCUGGACACGGGAGAGAAGAAGUUAUCGAGAUCUGCAUCGAUGAUAAGUCGCGAACCGGCUAGUAACUUGAUCAAAGGCAAAUCUAUGCCCAGUCUCAGCUGUCUGCUUGAUAGCGGAUACGUUGAGCCACCCAAAGCCCCAAGGCCAUCGCAGACCGCCUGUCCGCGUUCUACGGCGUUUUAUCCUCGGAAUCCCAUUAUUACGGUCACGGAACACACCCCCACACCAUCACCUGAUUAUAUGAAACGACAGGGCUCCAUUGACUCUCAGCUGGAUGCCUUGAGUAAUGGCGGCAGUAUUGCUGGCAUGGGUGGGAAUGGAGGUGGUAAUGGUAGUACAGGUAUGGGUAGCACCACCACCCGUUACCGAGGCCAAAUGCUGCGCUCCCACACGGACUCUCACAUUGAUUACACGGGCGUGGAUGAGUCGGAGGCUCCAGGUUCUUCCUUUUAUAUAACACGCGAUGGUGGCAUUGACUACGAGAUUAUCCUACUGGCCAUUAGCAAUGUUUUUAAGCGGGACCCGGCCCAAGUUUGCUCCCUACGUGUUUUGGAAGCGGGUCUUAACAUCUGUGAACUUCUUAUCGAAAUGGGAGUUCUUAAGUUGGGCGAACAUGCUCAUGAGAUCUCCAUGAGCAUUACCAGGCGUGCAUUACAGGUCCUGGGUUGCCCACACGGUUGCAAUGAUGGUGUUCGAGGUCCACCUGCCGACUUCCUGCGCAACCAAUGCCAGAAGAUCCUCUCCCGAAUGUUGCGUCAGGCGGGUCAAAGAACCAAGCGAUUCAUGCAGGAGAUGGUAAAGACUUCGCCAUUGCCGGAGCUCAUUGACUACUUCCAUGCCUUCUUGGCCUUUUGCGUGGAUCCCAGCUCGCUGCUUUCGCCCUUGAGUCAGGGCGGCUAUUCGACCAAUUUUAGUGGCGGCAUGAGCGGCGGAGCCGAGGCCCAGGUAGUUGGAGCUGUCUUCAAGCCGUUGGUCAGCCGGUUUGUGGAGGCCAGCAAGGACCUAAAGGGCCCAGAAAACAUAGCCCUCUACGGUGACAUUAGACAGCUGGUGACCUAUGUUAAGGGAGCCCAUGGCGGCCCAUUUCGACUGGUGGCCCUCAGUGGCAUUCUAGCCGUCACUCCAAGGCCCCACAAAAAGGGUCCUUCGGCACAGACCACUCGCGUGAUUAGACACAUUCCCCAGGCCAAUGUGACCCAGAGCCUGCAGAACGACGACAACCGCUCCCAGCGUCGUCUGCUGCUAAAGAAGCGCAGCACCUCAUCCGCCUGCGCCAGCCUUUUGGAGACGGAAGCGUGCGAGGAGCACUAUAAGACGAGCCAGUCGCCGCUAAGUAAUUUCCGGCGAAGGACUACUGGAGUUCGACCCACGUUGACCCCGCGGCACAGCGAACGUGCCCUGUUGUCCGACUCCACGUCCAGCUCGGAACGCAAUUCGCUGGGACGGCUCAGCGGCUUGGUGCGCUGGUUCCGCGGCACGCCCAAGGAGGCAUCGUCCAUCGAUCUGGAGAUCGGGUCGCUCAACCCGGAGAUCUCCUCCACGUUCAUGCGGCACGCCUCGCUGAAGAUCCAGCGCGGACGAUCGAGCGAUGGCAUUGGGCGGUCCAUUCAGCGCGCCAAGCGACGCGUCGAGCGGCGGCUGAACCGUUUCGGCGGCAUUGUGAAGGGCAAAAAGAAGGUUGGCGGCAUAGAGGAGACGGCAGACUUUAGCCGGCGCAGCUCCUCAGACAUGUGUGACGGUCCCCGAGAGUCGGAGGUGGUUAUCCUUAAGGAGCGCAAACUGGUCCCCACGGAACCGGUCCGCGUGGGCAUGCUACGGCUCUCCUUCCUCCUAGAAACAUGUGCCCCCGGUUCCUUUCCCGAUCCCCAGCUGGUGGCCGCUGUUUUAGAUCUGCCCCAAGCUCCACUCGUGGCGAGGGCAACUUUCCUACUUGAGUGCGCCCACUUUGUCCAUUUGUGCAACAAAGGUCAGUGGCCUGCCUGGAUGAAACAGAACGUUGGAAGCUACCGUGCAUCGGGAGCCAACAUUAAUCUCAACCAAAUGAAACAGCAGGUGAGCCAAACGAGCGCCAGACGCACUCACAUUCUGCAAAGAGCCGCCGGAAAGAUGUUCCAUCAGUGGGCGGAGAUGGUCGGUGCCAGGUUGGAGGAGAUCCUAUUCACGGAGCGGCUGCAGUACGAAGCGGUUAAUGCCAGUCUCACCGAUCCCGAAAAGCAGCGCGAGCUACUGCAGCAGGAUGAGGAGGAAGACUUCCUCGAUGAAACUUCGGUGAAUCCACACGGCAACGAUUGCCCACACUCCUUGAAGCUGAUCGCCUGUGUGCUGCUCUUCGAAAUUACUGCAUUUUUAAGGGAUACCUAUUUAAUGCUGCCCAAGACGUCCAAGCUAAUCCAUCGCGACAAGCCGGCGCCCUGGGAGAAGGUUUACCGCGAGGCCAAUAGGCGUUGGUCCAUGGCCCUCAGUUCCAUGGGUCACUCGCAGACCUCCGCCCAGAGCCUGCAGUCGAUAGCAGCUGGAAACGACGGAGCUGGCCAGUCGGAGCGGAAAAUAUCCUUUGUACUCCACGAACCCGACAAUGAGUCGGAGAAUAGCAGCAACACAACGCUAACCAAAGAGGGCGAAGAAGCCCGUCGACCCACUGCAUCGGCUGUACGUCCAUUCUUGCUAAGACGCGGCACUGCUACCACGACGGGGGGAUCCUUCAAACGUCGCUCUCUGAAGCUUCGUCGCAACACCAAGGACAGCAAGGACAUAGAAACCGAUUUCAAUAUGCAAUCGCGGCGCAAAGUUUCCUCGCUCUCCGAUCGCAGUGACACCUCGGAACAAGGCAUGAUCAGUGGUGGCGAGGAGUCACCUGGAAUACUUAGUGACGAUCAGCAGCCCGAAUCGCCUACUGAUUCCAAUGAGAAUGAUGAUACGGCCAAGAACAUGCCCUGGCUUAAAGCGAUCAUAGAUCUAAUGUCCAGCUAUAACUACUAUUGCACCCACAAAGGAUAUUGUCAUCCAUUCUGCUACAAGCGACACAUGCGAUCUUGCACACGUUUGGUUAAGGCCACAAGAAAGGUUUAUGGCGAGGAGUUCGGCUUCACCUUCGAUGCAGACCAUCCUAACAUUGAACCUACAAUAAUAACAUCCAGCAAGCCUCAUACUUCACGAGCCCGUUCUACACGCAAAGUAUCUGAGCAGAGUUCUACCCAAACAUCGCCAUCUAAAAGAAAGGAUAGUUUGUCCCGGAAGGAUCGAAUAAGUGAUGAUCCUGACCUGGAGAUGGCGGAAAAGUUGGCAAAAGCAUUCCGUCAGGAAAAGGAAAAGAAGAUGCAGGAGGAACCACCCAUCCUCAAGUUCAUCCGCAUCCACAUACGCAACUUGUUUCACUUUCCAUUGGCCACAUUGCUAAAGGGUGCUGUUGUCUUAACCGAGGAGAUGGUAAUCGAGGCUAUGCCUGCCGCUUGGGAACUUCUACUGGAGACGAAUCACGACACGGCCACCUCAAGUGCCGCCGUCUUUUUGAUGGGAUCGGUGAAGGCCCAAAACUUUGCUUUUGACAUCAUGCAGAGGGCCUUGAAGCACAAGGAUCCGGAUAUAAGGAUUGGUGCCAUUCAGCGAUAUCUAGUGCUAUGGAAGUGCCGUUUCCAUGUCUGGCCCCGAAUGGAGGAAAAUGCCCACGAUGUGACCUUUAAGGUGCCACCAGGUGGUAUUGAAUUCACACUGCCUUCGCCUAAGAUUGGCAUUGAAAGCUUACCGGUGGUGGAUCCGCCAUGGAUGCCAGUGCAGCAGACAAAGGAUAUGGAUGUUACCCUGAAUCAAGAUAGACAUCGAUCAUUGGUCACUGCCACCAAGAGCCGUAAAAUGCAGCAAACGGAGGCCAUCAGGAAUGCUCUACGCCAGCAGAGGGACAAACAGCGGGCGGAGCGUCACAGCUUCCUUAUCACCAUGAUACCCAUUAGCCAACAGGCCUCCCAUGAGCCAGGAAUGGAGAAGCUGGAGGACCAUGAGAUCGAGGAAGACCUCGACGGUACACGCAUGUCCUCACACCUACACCAUGCCCACUCGCUUUUCCCCUCCGUACUAUGCUCCUCCGUGAUGCAGAUCGUCGGCUGUCUGGACGAUGCUGCAAUUGGAUCGGAUGGUAAUGCUGUGUACGAGAUUGCCUAUCAGGUGAUCUGGGUUUGUUUGGUAGAAGAAUCGGCCCUAUUUCUGCGCUAUGUAUUUGAGCGCCUGACACGCGAUCGUCAGGAUCAGAUGUUCAAACUCUUGAGACACCUUAUCCGAUUUGUGCCACGUCUGCCCCAGCAAGCGGCAUUUGCCCUCUAUAACUCAAUUAUUGGGUACAUCAUGUUCUACGUGAGAUCUUCCAACGAACUAAAGCAGGAGCUCGUUGGCUCAGCUUUAUCGGUACUUUGGAUGGUGGUGCACUCGGUCCACGGAAUUAUGUUCAAGGAUUUGAAGCAGAUUCUGAGAAAGGAGCAAUGCGAUGCCUCCAUCCUACUAACGGCCAAUGUCCCCGCGGCGAAAAAGAUUGUAGUGCAUGGACCAGCUGAUGAUGACUACAAUAUACCCUCUCAGUUUCCAGUGCAGGAGGACACCUUGUUCUGUCAACUGCUCAAGGAGGCCUUAGAUUACUAUCCCAUCGAUGAGAAAAAUACCAGUCACUAUUGCCUGGUGGACUAUAAGAGCAGCAAAAUCCUUAAUCCUAACUGGUACAUCCGUGAUCUUUACUUCUUCAAAAGGUCUCAAUACCCGGAGGUUCGUCUUAUGCUAAUGCGCCCAGAAGAGUCGUUCCUGGCCCUUCAGAAACAAGAGUUAACCAAGAAGUUUGUCGAGAUUGGAAAGGUGCACUUAACUUGGGCUAUUCUAAAGAACGUGGACAUGGUAGUGCAGCGGGUGGUGUUCCUGCACGAGGAGCUGAUGAAGCUGCCCUCCUUCCCGCGCAAGGCACUUGAGGUCGAUCUGGAUCUGCAUCAUGGCGGCGAAUACGGAAAGGUGCUGCUCGGGUUGGACGUUCUGCACAAGUUCAUGUGGGUACGAUUGAUAGCCCGCAUGUUCGAGGCCAUGGCUGGGAAUUUCGCAUACUCAGCGGACAUCCAACUCUUUCUGAACGUCCUUUCCGGCGCCUCCAUUCUGCACGCCGAAGAUUCGUGCAUCAUGCGCUAUGUGAUGGCCACCUUCAUCAACGCCGCAUUCAACUUUAAGAAUAUAUUCUCCACCAACGGUUAUUUUAUGAUUAUGCCAACUCUUUUGCAAGUCUAUUCCCUACAUCAGACCAACAAGCUGAUCACCACUACUAUAGAGUACGCAGUGAAGCAGUUCUAUCUGCUAAACCGGAAACCCUUCAUUCUGCAAAUGUUUGGAUCCGUUUCUGCCAUUCUCGAUACGGAUGAAGAUGGCACAUAUGGUGAGGCCCACAAAGUGCAGUCAAGCUGCCUUUUUAAUCUGCUCCUUAGUCUGGAGGAUCCAUCGCCUGAUCCUCUGAACAUUGCGGAGUUGGUUAAGGAACCCAAACCUCUGAAGGCCAUUGAUUUUUGUUACCAUGACGAGGAUGACGAUGUCACAGUCUUAGACUGCAUUACACUUUGUGUUAUGGUGGUAUCCUACUCCGCUGAGAGCACUCGAGGAUACCAAAUGCUAAUUAUUUUGGAAGCCAUUCUUCCCUGCUACCUACAGCAAAUUCAAUCGCCCAGCUAUAUUCCGCUGCAAGGGAAGUCCGAGCGCGAUAUCAUCCUCCAGCUGGCGGUGGCGAUACGCACCAUGGUCCACAACUGUGAGGGUUUAGCCAAGAGCUACAAUGGACCGUAUCGGAAUAGCCCAGAGCACAAGGGCUCAUCACAACGCAACUGCAGUAGGGGACCUCCCUGUUCUCCGGGCCUUGACUUUGAGGAGGAGACACACCCAAAAUACUUGACUGAUGCCCGCACAAAGAACAUGAUGGACUCAGCAGAGGAUUCUGAAAUGAUCCGAACUGAAUACCGAAGACCCCGCGAUGUUUUGCUCUCCGUGGUGGCCGAUUUCCUCACCAAAUCAACUGCUCGACUAGCUGAGCUGGCUAAGAAGAUGCCCAGUGAUACUAAGCCCACCGAGGUUCUAGACGCCAAGUGCCACAUCCGUCUUGCAGACAUUGCGCACUCUCUGCUGAAGGUGUCGCCCUAUGACCCGGAGUCCAUGGCCUGCCGAGGCUUACAGCGCUAUAUGCAGGCGGUCCUUCCACGGGCUGAGUGGUCCAACGAUACAUUGCGCAACGCACUGGUCACUAUUUUACGGCGCAUCGACAAGGUCUUUUUGAAGAUCUCUAAGAAACCAUCGAUAAGGAGGAAUACGGACUGGGAGGCGGCCGCCGGACUGCUGAAGGGCAUCCACGAGACGAUCAUACGGCACUCGUACGUGCUGCACUGGCAGCAGAUGAAAACCCUUAUUAGCACGGUGCAGAAUUUGAUCGUCAACGAGCCCGGAUCCGGCAUCCCCGAGGGCGUCUCCAGCGCAGGUGCAGCGCUCAUGUCUCAGAAUCCACCGGCCUUUUUCUGCUCAGCUGUGGUGCGUUUGGUGGCUCUGCAAGUGGUCAGCCCCGUGGAUUGCUUCUCCCUGGUUCAGAUUUGUGGCGGGAGUGCUGAGUUCGCCACGCAGGAAAAGGCCGAAGGCUUUCUAAUGCAUCUGAUAAUGCCACUGUGUCUGAAGGUUUGCUCGGGCCGAGGCGUUUCCGACGUGGGCGAAUUGAAGAUGACGGACGUGUCCUUUCUACUGACUGCCGUGUUGAACGCGAUGAGUCCGCCGGCGGGUCGAACCGGCCAGGCCGUAUCUCAGAUAAACCGGGUAACCGGCGACUUACGCGCCGGCUCACUCACUUUUACCGGCAGUCGGGAUGCAAAACGCCCAGCUCGCAUCUCCGGGUCCCUCUACCAGGCCGCCUUCUUAGCCCUGCGCAUCGUGUGUAUCUGCUUCGAGAGCCGGCUCUCCAACGAGUGGCCGCGUAUUGUACGGGUGAUGAGAGAUCUUGGGAGACGUAACGAGGCGGCCCCAGACCUCUGGAGUUUCAUGGAGUUCGUAGUCACCCACCGAACGCCCCUGUACAUUGUCCUGCUGCCCUUCAUUCUGCACAAGAUCUCACAACCCCCUAUUGGAGAUCACGAGCGGCACAUGCAGUUCAUCAUCAGGGAGCGCCUGCGUGGAACUCCGCCGCAGGGUGGAAUCAAGUCCAAGGGAGCAUUGCUGCUGGAACUGGCCCGGGAGCUGCGUGAUCUGCGUGACGAGCUAGAGGAGAAGCGAUACGUCUCCACAGAUCGCGAGAGUUCCGAGCAGAAGAAGAGCGACACACCGGCGGCAACUAGUGCGGCAGAAGCCCACAAGUCGCAGCAAAGACCUUCACUCAUAUCUAUCUUCACAGGAACCACCACGGGCCAGGCCUCGCACUCCCACGUCUCCGCCGUGCCGAUCGACUCGCGCAGCGGAUCUGGCGGGAUCUGCACGCCCAGCGACACGCUGUCGCAGCAGACGCUGCACCCGCCGCGGGAGUCGCUGUCGAGCAGCUCCACGGGCCGGGAUCCGCACACGACGACCAGCGAGAGCCAGAGCGGCGAGGCGGACGCAGGAUCGGCACCCACGCUGGUGGGGCCCACGCCGAGCGGUUCGGGACAUGGAUCGGGCGGUGGUACCGGUACCGCCUCCACCGUGCCCUCGCAUCUCUCGCAUUCGCAGUCGUUGCAGCAGGCUCCCUUCAAGGCCCAGCCUCCCAAGCUGCGUUUCGUUUCGUCCGUGGAGUUCCGGCAUUCAUCCGGGGAAACCUCGACCACGCCUCUGUCACCGGAGAGUCCUGCCGAGGAUAGUUCUGGAGAUCAUACUCGCUCCCGACUUCAACGAUCGAAAGCGGCCAGUCGAAAGACUUUUAGGCUGAAGCGCAGCCGUUUGACGCCCAUGGAGCCGCCGAGCAUUGUAACCUCUCAGGAGGAGCAGCCCCAGCAGGCACAGGCCAAAACCCUGGGUGAGAUUUCUUGGGACUCGGUGUCACAGACAUCUUCGACUUCCGGUUAUCGAGACAACAACAGCCUGCAGACGGGUCUACUUUCACCGGAUGGAUCUUUGGGUGGAUUGACCCUGGGUCGCUCACCUUCGCAGCACUCGCUUUUAAUGGUCUUCGAAGGGCAGGACGAGGACACCCUUAUUUAACAAUCACAGAACGGCGACCGAGCCUACGAACUUUAGAACCCAUGUGGUUCCUCUAACUAACAGGAAUUUGGAAUAGUCAUACAUACAUAGAUAAAGGAUAGUUGUUGGGUGUUAAGUUUUAUAGACGAAUCGUUGUUUUCCAUUGUGUGCCAUUUUUGUAUUGAAUAGAUAAAGUUAGAAACUAAUAAAUAUACUUGGUAGCCGUUCUGUCA